GAUCUACUGAUUUUCCACAACGUCCAUAGUCUAAAAUGUUAAGCUCGAAAUCAGUCCUUCUCGGUCUUUUACUUUUCUCUCUUUCCCUCCAUGUAGCCAUAUGUACUAACCCUCUCUACCAUUAUUGUUUUGGCCCAAAAAACUUCACUGCCAACAGCCCUUAUCGCACCAACUUGAAUAACCUGUUAAAGACUCUCCCAACCAAAGUUUCUUCUACAGGUUUUGCGCGUGGCUCGUCUGGACAAGGCCAAAGCCGUGUGUAUGGAAUAGCCCUUUGCCGGGGAGAUGUGUCAAAAACAAACUGUGUUACUUGUGUCAAUGAUGCAAUCAAGAAGCUUCGCCAGCAAUGCCCUAAACAGAAAGGAGCUAUCAUUUGGUACGAUAACUGCAUGUUGAAGUACUCAGACGCUGACUUCUUUGGGAAAAUAGAUAACAAAAACAAGUUCUAUAUGUAUAACGUAAAAGGCGUAGACAAUCCAACGUCCUUCAAUAAAAAAGUUAAGGAGCUGUUGAGUAGCUUAGCUUCUAUAGCUUCGGCAAAUCAAAAGUGGUACGUAGCAGGUAAAUUAGAGAGUGAGGGAUCGAAGACAUUGUAUGGAUUGGGUCAAUGUAGUAGAGAUCUUUCGAAUUCUAAUUGCAAGAAGUGCCUAGACAGUGCCAUAAGUGAAUUACCAAGCUGCUGCAGUGGAAAAAGAGGAGCGAGAGUUGUUGGAGGGAGUUGUAAUGUUAGAUAUGAGCUUUACUCCUUUGUUAAUUAAUGCUUGUUCUAAUGGUUUUUCUGCCUUAGCUAAGCAUGCAUCUAAAAUUAUGUAAUGUAAUGUCCCAUACCAUAUGCUAAAUAAAGGUCCUCUGAAUCAAGAGA